UGACGUCAUUUGUUGUGGUUCCGAGAUCGUCGCUAGAAAUGGCGGUCGAGCAAGGAGCUUCUCCAGUAAUAUCAAGUGUUUUUUUGGCCGAUCUCUCCCACGAGAUGGAGAAUGAUGGCGUCGAAACCGGCAGAAAUUCACCUCAUCUUUCAAUGCAAUCGUUGAAUGAAUUAGAAAGCUCUGAAAAGAGUGGAAUCCCAUUAAAUUCAGCCUGGACUCUUUGGCAUGAUAAAUAUGUUCGUGGAGCGACAGCGGCAGAGUACGCGGCAAAUCUCCGAAAGGUUUACACUGCUCACACAAUCCAGAGUUUUUGGAGUGUCUUCAACAAUAUACCUUUGCCUUCACAACUUGAUGUUAGAACAAGCUAUCAUUUUAUGAGAGGAGAGAGGAAACCACUUUGGGAAGACAAACAGAAUGUUAAUGGUGGAUAUUGGAAAAUGCGUUGUUUUAAGCAUAAUACAGAUAAUGUAUGGAAAGAAUUAUUGUUGGCAGCUAUUGGUGAACAAUUUAAUGACAAUGUUCGAGAAGAUGAUGAAGUUUGCGGCAUAAGCAUCAGUGUGCGUGAGAGAGAUGACAUCAUCCAAAUCUGGAAUGCAAAUGCAAAGGCUGUAGAGGAUGCAACAGUACUAAAUAAAGUGAGAGAUCUUGUUAAGGAUGUUGAAUUCUUUGAUGAUUUUUACAAAUCUCACCAAGCACAUGAUGCUUUUGAAGGGGUACGACCCCGUCCAACAAAGCCUCCUGGUUUUCCAUUUGCUAAAGACUGACAAAAAUCAUGUAUCCAUCAUAGUUCUUGGUUAGCGACCAAAACAGAUUGGCCUGCCAAGUGAUUACAUUCAUUUGCUAAAUUUGUGUGUGUGUGGGGGAAUCAGUCUUAGUCUGAGGGGCACUGGGCACCAUGUGAAUUCGUUGAGGAUGUGAAGAAAGUUGUUCAAGUAAUUUUGCCCAGUUGUCUUCAGAAGUGUUGACUGAUAUCGAUGCCAUCACAUUUGAGCAAAGUUGAUUACAGCAGGGGAGUUGGCCUUGCUAGUGCAUUUGGCAGAUGUUUCACUUGCUUCCUGGCUCUGCUAUGUGAUUGCAAAGAGAUUGGAGUUGAGAACAGCACUGAGCACAUCAUAAAGUUCGAACGAUAACUUUAUGCAUUUCUAUUUUCUUUUAAGGUAUCUAGUCACUGAUUAGACUAAAGGUAAACUUAGGCAUACACUUAGAUGUGACAUUAGGCUAGAAAGGUGAAACAAUUUCCUAGUGUUGAUCAGACCUAUGGCUUGUUCAAGAAUCAAGAAUAACAAAAAGCAAAAAAAUGUUGUAGGAUUUUAUGUUGACAACUAGCAUCAAUUUUACAUGUAUUUAGUUGCAUUUGUGAGGCUGUAUGUUGCAAAACCAACUUUCAAUUAUGCAGAGCUGAGUACAUUGUACAGCUUUUAAUCUCACCAAUCAGUUAGAUUUGAGAGGAGUGGUGUUGGAAACCCUUCACCAUAUAAACUUGAUGGUAAUUUCAAUUUAGGUUCAGGGUUCAAAUGCAAAAAACAGAAGAGAGUCAGGGUGUGGAGCUUUGAGAUCAAUGUCUGUAACCAAGCAACCGCACACCUGCCCCCCCCUCCACAACAGUCAAUUCAAAAAAACAAGUUAUAGUGUUAAUGUUAGUUUAGGGGAAGGGAAGGUCUGCAGAAGAUGCUUGGUUACUGACAUUUAUCUGAGAUUUCAUUAUUGGUGGGCAUUCCAUUUUCGAUCAGUGACAUGUGGCAGCUGAGAUUUAUUUUUCAGACAAAACAGCAAUGAAUGUAAGGUCUUGAUUUGAUGGAUUCUUUUAAGUCCUGAAUGGUGGGUCAGAAAUUCUUGAACAAACAGCAUUUUCCUUUUUGAAAUCUCAAAAAAAAAACAACAAAAAACAUUCACACUGGUGAAAUUCCAGUCUUAACUGAAAUUUUUGGGUACAUUAAUUGUGUGAAGUUGAAAGGUGGAUGAUGCAGUGAAUUGGCUAUUUAUUUUAGGAUACUUAAAAUUUUUUGUAACCAGUGGCAGUAAUAUUGAAUAUUUUUCCAGUUAGGCUUUUUUUUAUAUCUAUUUUAAUUUUCUUAAAGUGUUGUUAGUUUUGUAAUUGAGAGAACAGAGUAAGGGAACUUUUAAGAGUCCUUUUUACAAAGCAUGGUGAGGUUUUGCUUUUACCAUAAAUAGCAAAUGUGAUAGAAAAAGAGGAAUUGGAACAUGAAAAAGGAAACUACCGUGCAUGUGGGAAGAUUUACAAGAAUGGGUUUAAUUGAGGAAGAAGGGUGCUUGACAGGGGACUACAAAAAUUUACCCUAGCUCCCCUUCCCUUGUUUCCCAUUUUCUCUUGACACAGUAGAACCCUGCUAACUUGACCUCCUAAGGGAAACAAAAAAUGCUUCAAGUUAGAGGGGGUUUGAGUUUGCUGAUAGUAAAUGACUGAAAAUAUGGCAUCAAGGGAAACUGGGUCUUGUUCAAGUUUAUACCACUGGGUUUGAUUUCACCAAGAUCAAGUAAGCAGGGUUCUACUGUAUUAAUUUAAAUUCAUUGUUAUUUAAAUGUCAUAAAUAAGUAAUUAUAUACUCUUCUUUUAAAGAAUAAUUGUCUGGGGUUAGCUCUAGAUGUCAGAAGUUUAAAAUAACCAUCGAUGGUAAACGAUAUUCUAUGGGUUGAAGCACAUGAGGGCAUAACA